AUGAUAGGGAAGGGAGUUCGUACUCCUCAUAUAGAGAUUACUGAGUUCUCACCUUCAGUAAUAAAAUUCAUAUUAUCAAAUACGGAUGUUAGUAUGGCCAAUGCUCUGCGAAGGAUUAUGUUAGCUGAAAUCCCAACUCUUGCAAUAGACUUAGUUACAAUUAUAGAUAAUACUUCAGUUUUGCAUGAUGAAUUUAUAGUGCAUCGACUAGGUCUACUUCCAAUAGACAGUAGACAGAUUAGGGAUUUCAACUUUAAAGAUCGCUGUGGAUGUCAAGAAAGAUGUAAUAAAUGUAGUGUUGACUAUACACUGGAUUUGAAGUGCGAAGGACCUACAGUGAGGAAUGUAACACAUUUAGAUAUAUACUCUACACUUCCAGUACCAAAUAUUCCACUACCAGUACCUAGAAAAGAAGAUGUUACAGAUCCAAACAAUGAAGGUAUUUUGAUAGCUAAAUUAGGUCCAGGACAAAGUUUAACAGCUCGAAUGACUGCAACCAAAGGUAUUGGUAAAUUCCAUGCGAAGUGGAUUCCUGUUGCAACUGCAACUUUUACAAAUGAGGCUGAUAUUCGUAUUAAUCAAUCAUCUAUGACCAAUGUUUCUUUAAAGCACCGUCGAGAAAUUGUUAACUCUUGUCCUAAGAAUGUAUUUGGAUUAUCUGCAUCUAAAAGUGAAUUUGGAAUGUUUGAUAAGCCUGUAGAAAAAUCUACAAAUAUCCCAGAUAUUGAAGUUCUAAACUCUUCAGAUUGUAUAUUUUGUAAUGAAUGUGUAAAUACUUGUAGAAACUUAGGCUAUAUAAAUCCACCAUUAAUUCGUGUCGAUACAAAACCUGAUAAAUUCCACUUUGUAGUUGAAUCAACUGGAGCUAUGCCAGCAGAGCAAAUAAUUGAAAUGGCUCUUGAAAUAUUACAAGAAAAGUUACAAAAUCUAGGCCGAAGUGUUGCAAGAGCUGAAACAGCCCAAAGUGGAGCUGAUACUAAUGGUAAUGGCAUGAUUAAUAUAACAGCGGAUGACCGAGCAAUGGAUUUAGUAUUAGAUUUAUCUUGA